GUUUGGUCACAUUUGUUUUUGUUAAUUAAAAAAUUACUUUAAUUUUGGUCUUGGUACUUAAAUCACUGUGUAGAUGAGAAAAAAUUAUUAGGUUUAUUGCUCUUACGACGAGUUAAUCAUCAUAGCCACCAUGGCGUCAAAUUUCAAGUACGGUUCCUUUAUUUUAUUAAUACUCGCCACAACUUUAGCAGUUGAUAAGAGCCUUUUUAAGACAUGCGAACAUAGUAGUUUUUGCAGGCGCUUGAGAAAUUUUAAACCUGGAUCGAUUUUUUACGUUUUAAAUUUAGACACUCUACACGUCUCUGGUAACUCGAUAGAGGCUGAUUUGAAAAAUGUGGAAGCACGGGCUGACUUUAGAUUCACUUUGACUUCUCUUGCUGGAAAUAUAUUCAGGGUGUUUAUUGAUGAAGUCAAGCCUUUGCAUCCACGGUAUCAAGUCCAAGGGGCACUUAAUGGCGAGCCACAAGUGGCCAAACUGGAAGUUUUAGAGCGCACAAAAGACAAAGUAACGGUACGUUCAGGCGAUAACAAAGCCGUCGUUACAGCAAAUCCCAUUAAGGUCGAGUUUUUCAAAAAUGACGUCCUUGUGGCUGUUAUCAAUGGGAAGGGGUUGUUCAAAAUAGAACAUCUCAGGACUAAACACCAGGGUGAAAGAGAAGAGGACUCCGGUGCUUGGGAAGAAGAUUUCAAGUCGCAUCAUGAUUCCAAACCUAGGGGGCCUGAAGCAGUGGGUGUUGAUGUCACUUUUCCUGGAGCUUUGAGGAUCUAUGGACUGCCUGAACGUGCAGAUAAGCUGGCUUUGAGGAGCACGGGUUCUGGGGGGCUUGACCCCCAUCGAUUGUAUAAUUUGGAUGUUUAUGAGUAUGAAGUUGACUCCACUAUGGCCAUUUAUGGGGCUGUACCGGUGGUCUAUGCUCAUUCAGAUAAAAACACGGUGGGCGUUUUUUGGCACAACGCCGCCGAAACCUGGGUUGACAUCAACAACAGCAAAGACAAAAAUUUUGUUUCUUCCAUCAUAAACCUAGUCUCAAGCCACCAAUAUGACAAUUUCGUUGAUGCUCAUUUCAUGAGUGAGAGUGGCGUUUUCGAUAUGUUUGUUUUAAUGGGACCUAAGCCGAAAGAUGCCGUACGACAAUACGCAUCUUUGACCGGUGUUGCCCCCUUACCACAAUAUUUUGCGCUAGGCUAUCACCAAUGCCGCUGGAACUACUUUGACGAAACUGACGUCGUCAACGUUGUUAAUAAUUUUGAUCUCAAUGAAUUACCUGUUGAUUCUAUUUGGCUAGAUAUUGAGUACACGGAUGGGAAAAAGUAUUUCACGUGGCAGCCGUUCAAAUUUGCACAUCCGCGUGAAAUGGUUUCGAAUUUGACAUCAACUGGCCGAAAGUUGGUUGUUAUCAUUGAUCCGCAUAUUAAGCGAGAGGAUGGUUAUUUCCUCCAUGAGGAUUGUCUAGCUAAUGACUAUUACGUUAAAAAUAAAGACGGCAAUGUUUACGAAGGUUCCUGCUGGCCUGGUGCUAGCAGUUACCCGGAUUUGUUCGAUCCUAAAGUCCAGGAGUACUACAAAGGUUUGUACGCUUUGGAUAAGUUCAAAGGGACGACUCAAGACGUCCACAUUUGGAACGAUAUGAACGAACCGUCGGUUUUUAACGGACCGGAGGUCACAAUGCCUAAAGAUUGUAAACAUUACGGAGGCUGGGAACACAGACAUGUGCACAACCUUUACGCUUUGCUUUAUACUGAAAUCACUUAUGCCGGUUUGAUUAAACGGACAAGUGACCGCAGGCCGUUUAUUUUAACAAGGGGUCACUUUGCCGGAUCUCAGAGAACUGCAGCUGUUUGGACUGGAGAUAACGCGGCAGAAUGGUCGCAUCUCCAGGCCAGUUUUCCAAUGUGUUUGGCUGAAGCUUUGGGAGGGAUUAGUUUUUGUGGGGCUGAUAUUGGAGGGUACUUUAAUAAUCCUGAUAUCGAAUUAUUGCAAAGGUGGUACCAAGCCGGUAUUUGGUUACCAUUUUACCGUGCCCAUGCCCAUCUAGAGACAAAACGUCGCGAACCUUACGUUUUCAACGAAGAUGUUCGUACUAGAAUCCGAAACGCUUUGAGGCUACGUUAUGCCAUUUUGCCCCUGUUUUACACCUUGUUUAGGGAACAUGAAAUGACAGGGGAACCUGUGAUAAGGCCACUAUUUUACGAGUAUCCUACUGAUACUAAUGUUGUCGAUAUUGAAAACCAACUACUUCUCGGUGACCGAAUUUUGGCACGACCUGUGACCGAGUCCGGCGUGUCUUCGGUCAGUGUUUACCUGCCUGGAGGUCCUGAACAAUUUUGGUACGAUAUUGAAGAUUUCAAACAAUAUCAGGGAACUGGCGUUGUUAACAUACCGGUGACUUUAGAUAAUAUUCCUGCGUUUUAUAGGGGUGGCACUAUCACCCCACGUAAGGAUAGGCCUAGGAGGUCGUCCACUUUAACACAUCAUGAUCCUUACACACUUUACGUUGCAUUGGACAACAACAAAUCUGCGUCCGGUACGUUGUAUGUAGAUGACGGUGAAAGCUUUGACUAUCGUAAUAAAAAAUAUUUGUAUUUGAAUUUCGAGUUUAAGGACAAUACUCUGACUAGCAGCUUGAUUGAUAAAACUGAUUUUCCUACUGAUGCCUGGAUCGAGCGAGUGGUUAUUUUAGAACCGCCUGAGGAAAUCACCACAGCUAUUUUAACGAGCAAUAGCAUAGGUACUGUUAAUUUGGAAACUACUUACGACGGUGAAAAUCGUUCCUUGAUCGUUCGUAAGCCUGGUGUUAAUGUUGGAGAGUCCUUUGCUUUGAAACUUAUUCACUGAAUUUUUUGAUUACCAUUUAAUACGUACGUUUUUAUGUGAUACUGCCUUAAACCAUACAGUGCAACAAAAAUGUUGCAGUCUAAGCAAAGCUUCGAACAAUUCUAAUAAUUCUUAGAAAUAAAUGAUAUAAAUAAUAAAAAACAAUACAAUCGUAAAAUCAUCGAUCAUGAUAAAUUUGAAACAGGUUUUCUGGCGCUAAAAACUAUCGUAAACAACCAUUUACAGGUGUAAUUAAGUAUGGACGAAAAAUACAGUCGACCAGAUAAGUUAUGUACUUGUCAACAAUAACGAAAAGAAUGACUUAAUUUUUAGAGCUUCUAAGCUUUUAUGUAAUUUUUUUUCAGGCGCAAAAACUAUCGUAAAUAACAAUUUACAGGUGUGAUUAAGUAUGGACGAAAAAUGCAGUCGACCAGAUAAGUUAUGUACUUGUCAACAAUAACGAAAAGAAUGACUUUAUUUUUAGAGCUUAUAAACUUUUCUGUAAUUUUUUUUCGGGCGCUAAAACUAUCGUAAAUAUCCAUUUACAGGUGUAAUUAAAAAUGGACGAAAAAUGCAGUCGACCAGAUAAGUUAUGUACAUGUGAACAAUAACGAAAAGAAUGACUUUAUUUUUAGAACUUCUACGCCUUUAUGUAAUGAAUAUUAGAUUUAUUGUUGAUCAGCUGUCAUUUGUCAUCGCUAUUAUGGCGUUAAAUUGAAAACUUAAAAUUUUUACAAUGAAACAAAAACUUUAAGUUAAUUAUCAAAAUUAAAUUAUCUGUAGCAAGUUA